AGAGCAGUGCCCCACUGCCACCCCCCACUACCCGAGGGGGCGCUGAGGAGAGCAGUGCCCCACUGCCACCACCCCCCCACUACCCGAGGGGGCGCUGAGGGGAGUAGUGCCCCCCCCCAUGAGCUGGGGGGAUGCUGAGGGGAGUAAUGCCCCACAGCCACCCCCCCCCCCACUACCCGAGGGGGUGCUGAGGGGAGUAGCGCGCCUCGCGGCUGCCCCUGCCCCUCCCCCUCGCACGGCGCCGCCAUUUUGCAGCCGGACGGCGAGGGGCUGAGCCAAGCCGCCACCUCCCCUCCCUCCGCCGGCCGGCUGGGCCGCCGCCUUCUCCCGGGAGCCGGGGGGGCCGGAGUGGCGCUGAACGGCAGGUAAGAGGCUCGGCCACGCCGCCAUCUCCGCCUGGGGCGCGCUCCAUCCUCCGGCGCGGACCAGCCUGCUCGCCACCGCCCGCGCUGCCCCCGGCCUGGGAGGCCACCGGCACGUCCCCCUGCCUAGGCGAGGAGCAAUUUUAGUGUCGAAGAAUGACAGCAGCUACAUGACCAAGUGGAUGCAUUGUACAAGAGGGCAUUAGUUACAUCUGCCAACUUUAUUGAACUCUUCCUUAAGUUCAGCCGUUAUUUUAUUUUAGAAGUGGAAAGACAAAGUAGGUUUUGAUGUUUUGUGUGGCAUCAACUGAAAUAGGAGCCAUCAUGAAUAUAACAAAGAGUGGGCUGGUGCUGUUUUCAGCUAAUUCCAAUUCAUCAUGCACGGAACUAUCGAGGAGAAUUGCUGAACGCUUGGGGGUAGAGAUGGGCAAAGUUCAGGUUUAUCAGGAGCCAAACAGAGAAACAAGGGUGCAGAUUCAAGAGUCUGUGAGAGGAAAAGAUGUCUUUAUCAUCCAAACAGUUUCAAAGGAUGUGAAUACUACGAUCAUGGAACUCCUGAUCAUGGUGUAUGCUUGUAAAACCUCCUGUGCCAAAAGCAUUAUUGGAGUGAUUCCCUACUUCCCAUACAGCAAGCAGUGCAAGAUGAGGAAAAGGGGCUCCAUUGUCUCUAAAUUACUGGCUUCGAUGAUGUGCAAAGCUGGUCUAACUCACCUUAUUACAAUGGAUUUACAUCAGAAGGAGAUACAGGGGUUCUUUAAUAUUCCGGUUGAUAAUUUGAGAGCCUCUCCAUUCUUGCUUCAGUACAUUCAAGAAGAGAUCCCAGAUUACAGGAAUGCUGUGAUCGUGGCCAAAUCACCUGCAUCUGCAAAGAGGGCACAGUCAUUUGCUGAGCGCUUGAGGCUAGGAAUUGCUGUGAUUCAUGGGGAAGCUCAAGAUGCUGAAUCUGACCUGGUAGAUGGUCGACAUUCACCUCCUACAGCCAAAAGUGUAGCUGCUAUUCAUCCCAGUUUGGAGAUACCCAUGCUGAUUCCAAAGGAAAAACCACCCAUCACAGUUGUUGGAGAUGUAGGAGGAAGAAUAGCCAUCAUUGUGGAUGACAUCAUAGAUGAUGUUGACAGCUUCCUCGCUGCAGCAGAGACUCUCAAGGAAAGGGGAGCAUACAAGAUUUUUGUAAUGGCGACCCACGGCCUGCUGUCUUCAGAUGCUCCCAGGUUGAUAGAAGAGUCUGCUAUUGAUGAAGUUGUUGUAACCAACACAAUUCCACACGAAAUACAAAAACUCCAGUGUCCCAAAAUUAAGACUGUGGAUAUCAGUAUGAUCCUCUCAGAAGCCAUUCGCAGAAUCCAUAACGGGGAGUCCAUGUCUUACCUUUUCAGAAAUAUAGGACUAGAUGAUUAAUCUUUUCUUUUUAUUCUAAAGAAAAACCAAGGGCCAAACUGGAAUUGUAUAGAAAACAAGCUGUGAAGCAUCAUGCUUACCUUAAUAUUUCAAUUGAGUCAUUUCUGUUUUUGGUUGUUUUUUUUUUUGGUUUAACUUCAAAUUUAAACCAGAUUUCGAGAGCUAUUUUUCUUUGCAGUUUUUGAAAAAGUCCCAAACGUUUUCCAAAAAGAGA